AAUGGUAGAGCAGCUGUUCCCAGUGGUUUAUCAGCUGGAAAUUAUUGGACGAGGGGCGACUCACGGCAACUUUUUGACUUUCAUCAGAAACUGAAGCGAUUUCGGUCAUUUUUGUGCGCGUAAAUGGCGUCUUCUGAUGUGGUUCGACAGAUGGAUAAGAACGCUCGUCCUUUGGCUUUGUCAGGUCAUGUUGGCUUUGACAGUCUGCCAGAUCAGCUGGUGAAUAAAUCUACAGGACAGGGUUUCUGCUUCAACAUCCUCUGCAUCGGAGAGACUGGUAUCGGUAAAUCAACACUGAUGGACACUCUUUUCAACACAAAUUUUGAGAAUUUCGAGUCUUCUCAUUUUGAACCGAAGGUGAAGUUGCGAGCGCAGACGUAUGAUCUUCAGGAGAGUAACGUUCGUCUGAAGCUUACUGUGGUUAAUACCGUCGGCUUUGGGGAUCAAAUGAACAAACAGGAGAGUUACCAGCACAUUGUGGAUUACAUAGACACCCAGUUUGAGUCAUACUUACAGGAGGAACUGAAGAUCAAACGCUCUCUGCACAACUAUCACGACUCCAGAAUACACGCCUGCCUUUAUUUCAUCGCUCCGUCAGGACACUCGCUCAAAUCUUUAGAUCUGGUCACUAUGAAGAAACUGGACAGUAAGGUCAACAUCAUUCCCGUCAUCGCUAAAGCCGACACCAUCUCUAAGAGCGAGUUACACAAGUUUAAGAUUAAGAUCAUGAGCGAGCUGGUGAGCAACGGUGUGCAGAUCUAUCAGUUUCCAAUCGAUGAUGAAACCGUGGCCAAGAUCAACACCACUAUGAAUGGUCAUCUUCCUUUUGCUGUUGUUGGGAGCACAGAGGAGGUGAACAUUGGAAAUAAAAUGGUGAAAGCGAGACAGUACCCGUGGGGUGUGGUGCAGGUGGAGAACGAGAGUCACUGUGAUUUUGUGAAGUUACGUGAGAUGCUGAUCUGUGUGAACAUGGAGGAUCUCCGAGAACAGACGCACACGAGACAUUAUGAGCUCUACAGACGCUGUAAACUAGAGGAGAUGGGCUUCAAAGAUACUGAUCCAGAGUCUAAACCCGUCAGUCUACAGCAGACGUAUGAGGCGAAGCGACAAGAGUUUCUGAAUGAGCUACAGAGACGAGAGGAAGAAAUGAGACAGACGUUUGUUCAGAGAGUGAAAGAGAAAGAGGCGGAGCUUAAAGAUGCUGAGAGAGAGCUGCAGGGUAAGUUUGAGCAGUUAAAGCGUCUGCAUGCGGAGGAGAAGAACGCGCUGGAGGAGAAGCGCAGGACUCUGGAGGAUGAGAUGAGCAUCUUUAACAAACGCAAAGCUGCUACUGAGCUUCUACAGGCACAGACCUUUAACACCAGCGCCAACAACAAGAAAGACAAAGAUCGUAAGAACUCUGGAUUCAUGUGAAAAGUGAUGUGACGCAGGCCAGCUGAACUCUUAUAGACACACAAUGUUUAUACACAGCAGUGUUAGAUCAUGUUUUUAAUGUUGUUUCUUUCAAUAAUUGACUUGAUACUGACACACACACACACACCAGCAGCAUAUUUAAGUAUGUUUGUAUUUACUGUAUGGUACAGUCAGAGCACACAUCACUUCACUUUAAUGUGUCCAGAUCAUAGAAAUGUUUUUAUCAAAUGAAUGCUGAAGCUCUGUUGAGAAAAUGUUCAUCUUGUAUUUUUACUGCUAAAUGUUUGUUAGUGGCUCAUGAAGAGAUAUAAACACGAGUGAAAUUAUACUAAUUUACUAGAAACAAAUGUUGACCUUUAUUGCAUUUAUCUUUGACAUUUUAUACUCAUGUAUUUAAACAGUGUUAUUAUGGGUGAUGUUUAACCAAAUAAACAUAUUUUUCUGCC